GCCGCCGCCUGACGUACUUCCUGUUUGUUGUUGGAGAAAGGAGAGAAAGGAAAGCGCGAGGAGCCGCAGCCGCCACCAGCACAGCCGAGCCAGCACCGAGAGGAUCCCCGGGCCGCCGCCCCCUCCCUGCUUCCCGCCGCCGGCCUCCCGUGUCCUCGGACCUGUUCCCACAAUCAGUUAAAACAUGGUGGAUUAUUAUGAAGUCCUAGGCGUGCAGAGACAUGCCUCAGCCGAGGAUAUUAAAAAGGCGUAUCGAAAACUGGCACUGAAGUGGCACCCGGAUAAAAACCCUGAGAAUAAGGAAGAAGCAGAGAGAAAAUUCAAACAAGUAGCUGAGGCGUAUGAGGUGUUAUCAGAUGCUAAGAAACGGGACAUCUAUGACAAGUACGGCAAAGAAGGAUUAAAUGGUGGCGGAGGAGGUGGAAGUCAUUUAGACAAUCCAUUUGAGUUUGGCUUCACAUUCCGUAACCCAGAUGACGUCUUCAGGGAAUUUUUUGGCGGAAGGGACCCAUUUUCAUUUGACUUCUUUGAAGACCCGUUUGAGGACUUUUUUGGGAAUCGGAGGGGUCCCCGAGGAAGCAGAAACCGAGGAACAGGGUCGUUUUUCUCUGCCUUCGCUGGAUUUCCAUCUUUUGGAGGUGGAUUUUCUUCUUUUGAUACAGGAUUUACUUCAUUCGGGUCACUAGGUCAUGGGGGCCUCACUUCGUUCUCUUCCACGUCAUUUGGUGGUGGUGGUGGGAUGGGCAACUUCAAGUCUGUGUCAACUUCUACCAAGAUAGUUAAUGGCAGAAAGAUCACCACAAAGAGAAUUGUCGAGAAUGGUCAAGAAAGAGUAGAAAUUGAAGAAGACGGCCAGUUAAAGUCCUUAACAAUAAAUGGUGUGGCCGACGAAGACGCCCUGGCGCAGGAAUGCCUGCGGAGAGGCCAGAGCGCCCUGCCGGUCCGGCCCGCCAGCGCCCAGCCCGCCAGUGUCCAGCCUCCCAACAUCCAGCCUGCCAGCGUCCAGCCUGCCAGCGUCCAGCCCGCCUGCACCCGGCCCGCCAGCGCCCGCUCGCCGAAGCCACAGCGGCCGGCCUCGGUGCUCAGACCCGCGCCCCACCACGCCCGCGAGGAGGAGGGUGCACAGCACCGCCCGAGGGGCCCCGGGCCCUGGGACCCCGCCGUGUCCUCAGCAGGGGUCAAGGAAGUUGGCAAGAGGAAGAAGCAGAAGCAGAAAGAGGAGUCGAAGAAGAAGAAGCCGCAGACCAAGGGCAACCACUAGACGGGACUGGCCGGGCACGCGGCACGCGGCGCUGGGGGGGCGUCGGCGCGGGCCUUGCUCCGUGCGCGGCUGUGCACGCCAUAGGUAGCAGCAUCUCGGUCGGUACUUGUCCCAAGGCCACACCCACCUUAGUCGGGAUUGACAGCAGGAAUACGGACGUGUGAUCAUGCAUCUGUCGGGCAGGGGCGCCGGGGUUCGGGAGCCGGGGCGGCGGGCAGCGGCAGCAGCUCGGGGCGCGGCCUCCAGUCCCUGCCCUGCCCUGCCCGCGUCUCCCCCGCGCCGUCCCGGGCCUCUGGCCGGUCCCCGCCCCGUCACACUGCUGAGACAGGCGUAGCUGUAGAAGUACAAUAAGGGCCAGGCAGUCCCUGAGCACG